AAUUUACCGGGACACGAAUGCUGUUCCUAAGUCCUCGCCCAUCACCCACCACGAGCCGUCCACCUCCCAGGAGCACUACACACGACUGUAAUUAGAGGCGCGCAGACCCGGGCCGCCUAGGUCCUGGCUCCUGGGACUACCGCACCCAUUUCCCCCCCGCAUCUCUCUGGGCUCCUGCCGAAACCUUUGGUCUACCAGCGUGUCUCUGCUUCCACCUAUCCCUUCUCUCCUGUUCCUCGCUAGGACCACGCAAGCCGCACGCCAGCUCUCCGGACCAGAAUCUCACCACCACCGCUACCAGCGCUACCACCACCACCUCGCAUCCCGCAUCCCCUCUCGGCUCGACCCCCAUUCCUCCGCCCCCACCUCAGGCCCCGCCCUGCGCCACUCCCUCCCCUCACCCCUGCGGCGCGGCUCGCUGCCGCGGUGUCCUGGCAGGGCGCUGAGGUGUGUCGCCGACGGGUGUCGCAGGGCGUGUCACGAGGUGAGUGGGGAGACAGAGGCCGCGAGCCUGAGCACCAAGGGCGCGCGGUGCUCCUCACCCCUCCCCCUCGCUGCCGGCCGGCGGUUCCUGGGAAGAUGGCGGAUCGCGCGGAGAUGUUUUCUCUCUCCACCUUUCACUCGCUGUCGCCUCCCGGCUGCAGGCCUCCCCAGGACAUAAGCCUGGAAGAAUUUGAUGAUGAAGACCUGUCUGAGAUCACGGACGACUGUGGCCUGGGCCUUAGCUACGACUCGGACCACUGCGAGAAGGACAGUCUCUCCCUGGGUCGCUCAGAGCAGCCACACCCUAUCUGUUCCUUCCAAGAUGACUUCCAGGAGUUUGAGAUGAUCGACGACAACGAGGAGGAGGAAGAUGAGGAGGAGGAGGAAGAGGAGGAAGAGGAGGAAGAAGGCGAUGGGGAGGGCAAAGCAGGUGGAGGAUCGGGUUCACAGGCACUUGCUGGAGAGUCCCUCAUUCCCUCUCCUUCCCUAGAGGAGUCCCACAAGCUCCGACCCACCACUCUCCACCUGACUACACUUGGAGCACAGGACUCCCUGAACAACAACAACGGAGGUUUUACCUCUGCACCCCCGUCCUCCUGGCAGGAGACAGUGCUGCGUUCGCCAGCCCAGGAAUCCCUUAAAGAGCUGCCAGCCCCUCUCCUGCCAGCAGAAGAGGAGCACCAUGAGGUACAGUCCCUUGCACGCCCAGGUUGUGACUGUGAAGGGAACCAGCCACCAGAGCCACCAGCAUCAGGUGGGGCCUCCCCGUCCUCUGAUCCUGGUAUUGAGGCUGACUUGAGAAGUCACUCUAGUGGAGGCCACGAGGGUCGGCGAAGCAGCCAGGAGCUCUCAUCACCAGGCUCGGACUCUGAGGAUGCAGGCGGCGCACGCCUUGGGCGCAUGAUCUCGUCCAUUUCUGAGACAGAGCUGGAGCUGAGCAGCGACGGUGGCAGCAGCAGUGGUCGCUCAUCACACCUCACCAACUCUAUCGAGGAAGCGUCAUCUCCAGCCUCAGAGCCUGAGCCGGAGCCGGAGCCCCUACAUGAACCUCCCCGCCGCCCUGCCUUCCUGCCUGUGGGCCAGGAUGACACCAAUAGCGAAUAUGAGUCGGGCUCUGAGUCUGAACCUGACCUGAGCGAGGAUGCUGACUCGCCCUGGCUGCUCAGCAACCUGGUGAGCCGCAUGAUCUCUGAGGGCUCCUCGCCCAUUCGUUGCCCUGGCCAGUGCUUAUCUCCUGCACCACGCCAGCCAGAAGAGGCGGUGUCACAGGCCAACCCGGUACCCCAGGACUGCCAAGACCCUGAGGCAGUAGCAGGGCCCCACGUGGAGCUGGUAGACAUGGACACCCUUUGUGGGCCACCUCCGCCGGCCCCUGCAGCACCGCGGCUCGGUCCAGCGCAGCCUGGGCCCUGCCUUUUCCUUAGUAACCCAACACGGGAUACCAUCACUCCGCUUUGGGCCACUCCGGGACGCACUGCCCGCCCUGGCCGCUCCUGCUCUGCUGCCUGCUCGGAGGAGGAGGAGGAUGACGAGGAAGAGGAUGAGGAGGAUGAGCAGGAUGCUGAGGAUAGCGUGGUCCCCCCUGGCUCCAGGACUACAGGCCCUACUGCGCCGCUGGAUGCCUCGCUGGUGUACGAUGCAGUUAAAUACACACUAGUGGUGGAUGAGCACACGCAGCUAGAGCUGGUGAGCCUGCGGCGCUGUGCAGGCCUGGGCAACGACAGUGAAGAGGACAGCAGCUGCGAGGCCAGUGAGGAAGAGGUGGGAGCUACAUUUCUAGGCAGCGACCAGGUGCCAGAGGAUGCCUCUCCUGACAGUCCCGACCUCACUUUCUCCAAGAAGUUCCUCAACGUCUUUGUCAACAGCACAUCUCGAUCCUCUAGCACUGAGUCCUUUGGUCUUUUUUCCUGUGUGGUCAAUGGGGAGGAGAGAGAGCAAACACACCGGGCUGUCUUCAGGUUCAUCCCUCGACAUCCAGAUGAGCUAGAACUGGAUGUGGACGACCCGGUGUUGGUGGAAGCCGAAGAGGAUGACUUUUGGUUUCGUGGCUUCAACAUGCGCACCGGCGAGCGUGGCGUGUUCCCUGCCUUCUAUGCCCAUGCGGUACCUGGUCCUGCCAAGGACCUGCUGGGGAGCAAGCGGAGCCCUUGCUGGGUGGAUCGCUUCGAUGUGCAGUUCUUGGGCUCCGUGGAGGUGCCAUGUCACCAGGGCAACGGUAUCCUGUGUGCAGCCAUGCAAAAGAUUGCCACAGCCCGGAAACUAACGGUCCACCUGCGCCCUCCUGCCUCUUGUGACCUUGAGAUCUCUCUGCGGGGGGUCAAGCUGAGUCUGAGUGGAGGAGGACCUGAGUUCCAGCGUUGCAGCCACUUCUUCCAGAUGAAGAACAUCUCAUUCUGUGGCUGUCAUCCCCGAAACAGCUGCUAUUUUGGCUUCAUCACCAAGCACCCGCUGCUAAGCCGCUUUGCCUGCCACGUCUUUGUGUCCCAGGAGUCUAUGAGACCAGUGGCGCGGAGUGUGGGCCGGGCCUUCCUGGAGUACUACCAGGAGCACCUAGCGUUUGCCUGCCCCACAGAGGAUAUCUACCUGGAGUAGCACCCACCUCCCUCUGCUCCCGUCUACACGGCUCUGGGUAUCUCAAGGCCACCAUGGCUUGAGCAAGGACUGGAUCGGGGACAUUUGGAACCUUACGUUAUGGGAGUCUCUGGGCUGGGAACUUUUCUCCUUUAUCCCCAGGUCGUGGCUUUUGGGAGCUGUUGGGGAGAGGAGCCUCAGCAGCCAUAUUUUUCUUCCGAUGCAUCUUUUCCUCUCUUGUCCUCACUUGGCCCAUUCCUCCGACUGCCUUUCCUCUGUCUCUCGUCCCCUUUCUGUGCCUGUAGACCUUGCUCUUUGCUCUCUCUUUUGGAGGUAGAACCUGAGGGAGGGGAGUAGGCUCAAGGUAACUGGUGAAGUCAGGUUCCCCCAGUGGUUCCCUCCUGCCCUUCCUUCUCUUGUGAUUUAUAAAUGAAUUUUAAUUUUUAUAGUGAAUCUCAAGGGAUCAUCCCACCUUUGACCACAGGAAGGGAUCCUAGCCCCCAAACUCACAAGGAGCUCGGGAAGGAGGGGAAGGGGUUUCUAAGAGAACCUUAGGGUAACUAGGUGGUUCUUGAUGCUCACCCAAAGCCCCCAAUGCUGCUAGGAGGAGUGCACCCCCAAAGGGUGCCCCCCACAGGUCAUCUGCUUUUGCCGCUAACACCCCUUCAGUCCAGCGAGUGAGUAUCUGCCCUGCGUGCGCCACCUGCUGUGUACGUGGGCCCCCGCCCACGGCAUCAAUAAACUCUGCUUGGUGUGACCCUGGCUGUUUUUAAAGGUGGUGCCCAGGUGGGGUCCAGGUCUCAGGUACUGCCUGUGAUAAUGGAAAGGGAGAACCCAGGGUGAGGGGGUUAUGGGAGGAGCCUCCGGUGCUUUCUGAAGUCAUGUUGUGGGUGGAUCACUGCAUGCUGUGCUAGAGCCUUGCAGAAGGUGGUGUCUGGAGGCACCUCACAGACAUCUACUGCAAACAUACUUGAUUUCCUGCAGAGAUAGCCCAGGUAUGAAAGCACUGGCCGCAUACCCUGUGUCUUUCCCAUUUGGAGUAUGGGGAGAGGCGUGGGUCAGAUCAUGGUGGUGGUGGUGGUGGUGGUGUGUGUGUGUGCCUCAAACAACUUGAGAAACAAUGUCUGUAUCUCAAAAUGUCUCAAAAAUUGGUAUUUUUAAAAAGUCUUACACAGUAAGCCAGAAUAAAAUAAGUGACUUUUUUUUUUUUUGGGGAAAAAAAAAAAGGUGACCUUAGAUCCUCACCAAGAUUCUCUCCUGGGACCCCUGAGUGACUCCAACAUCAGGGGAAUGAUCCUUAUGAUAGUAGGUGGCCCCUGACCUUAAGCAGAACUACAGGAAGAGAAGAAGUGAAGGUUGUGAGCCACACAGUGAACAAAGGGAUGCUUGGACAGUUUGCUACAUAAAAAUAAAAAACCCUUGUCUUAGCCUGGCAUGGUAGCACAUACUUAACAUCCAAAAAUUCUGGAGGCUGAGACAGGAUGACUGUGAACUUAAGGCCAACCUAGGCUAUCUGAUGUAAUCCUGUCCCUCCUCCCCUCCCCACAAAAGAGUAGUAACUAUAAAAAUCAUCUUUACUUAAAGGUUACUUCAGUGUGCCAACAAACAAAGAAAUAUUCACAGUUUUAUGUGAAUAUCAGGGACGAAGACCAGCUGCUGUGGAAUUGUCAAUGUUUAGCUCAUGUGCCUGGGACAUCCCAUGUAGCCAGGAAAAUCUGUAAUUAUCUUUCUGCUACUUAGCAAUGCUGUAAUGAGGCAGAGAGCCACUUGGGGGCGGUAUGAAACCUGUACCCCUGUGCUGGGAGAUGGAGGCGUGGCCUCCAGACCUAUACAGCUUUGCAGCAGAGACCAUUCCACCCUCCAGUUCUGUAUCCUUUCUGCCCUGUUUCCCUCCAAGGGCCCGGCCUUCCUCCCCUGGCCCUCUAUGCUUCUUUGGUUUUUUAUAUGGUUAGCAUUUUUCCUCCUGGCUGGCAAUUAGGACAGCUGUGGGACAUGCUUGGUGGCCUUCCCUUGCUGCUUUCCUCCUACCUCUCUGGUUGCCCCACAAGCCUUGUCCUGUCCUGGGUUCUUCCUUACUGGCUUCAAGGCAGGCAAGCACAAGGAAUAGUUUAGCAAACUGGGACUCCGCUUGGUCUAGGCUACACACCUUUUCUAAUAAUGCACUCUGACAUCCUCACCUGCAUGCACUAUGCACAUACACCCCUCUCCAAACAGUGUACCCAGCAGCCUUUUGGCAAUCUAGGACCCCCACCUGCACCGAGACACACAGAUAGCCCACUCUGAAAAGUGGGACAAGCUUCUCCUUCCCUUAAGGAUUACUCAUCUUUAGAUCCUAUCCUGUCAUAUUACAGUUAUGUCUAAUAUCAAAAUAAGGAGACUGGUUUGAUGUGAACUGGAUUGGGGUACAUGU